ACACGUUGUCAUUCCUGGACCGUGAUCGCUGACUUUUUUGUUUCUUAUAUUUUCCAAUUUUCAAAUCCGAUCCCAACUCCUGAAAAUUUUCUCACCAGUUUUGUUUCAUCUCCGGUUACAACAAUGGCGCAGCCGCAACAACGCCCUAUCGCAAACCGUCCCAUUUCAUUUCUAAACCGCAACGGUCUCUUCCUCCUCCUUUUAGCUCUCUUGGUAUUCCUCGGCGUAUACUUACCUUUAUCAGAGUCUCCGUUAUUCAUGUUUCAGAACAGAACCUCUUCUUCUUCGUCUCCUUCUUUUGUGGUCUCUGACUGGCGCGACUAUUCUCUUGCCCAAGCAGCCAAGUUUGUGGCCAAGAACGGGACAGUGAUCGUUUGUGCAGUUAGUUAUCCUUUCUUGCCUUUUCUUAAUAACUGGUUGAUUAGCAUUUCUAGACAGAAGCAUCAUGAAAAAGUUCUAGUGAUCGCUGAAGAUUACGCUCUUCUGUACAAAGUCAACGAGAAGUGGCCUGGUCAUGCCGUUCUCAUUCCUCCAGCAUUGGAUCCAAAAGCCGCACAUCAUUUUGGUUCCCAGGGUUUCUACAACCUUACUUCUCGGAGACCACAACAUCUCUUGGACAUUUUGGAGCUAGGUUACAAUGUUAUGUACAAUGAUGUUGAUAUGGUCUGGCUACAAGAUCCAUUUAAAUAUUUACAGGGAGGCCACGACGUAUACUUCAUGGAUGACAUGACAACGAUUAAGCCUUUAAAUCACUCUCAUGGUUUACCACCGAGCCGGAACGGAGUGACUUAUGUAUGUAGCUGCAUGAUUUUCUUGCGUUGCACUAGUGGUGCAAAGCUUCUAUUGAAGAAAUGGGUUGAAGAAAUUCGAGCUCAGCCUUGGUCUAACACCGAAGCAAAGAAACCACAUGAUCAACCUGCUUUUAAUAGGGCACUUCACAAAACAACUCAUCAGGUAGAUGUCUACUUGCUUCCACAAUCAGCUUUCCCGUCAGGAGGAUUGUACUUUAAGAACAAGAAAUGGGUUAAUGAGACAAAUGGGAAACAUGUGAUAGUUCACAAUAACUACAUUGUCGGCUACAACCAAAAGUUGAAACGCUUCCAAGAUUUUGGUCUAUGGCUAGUCGAUGAUUUUUCUCAUGAGUCACCACUGGGAAAAUUAGAGUUUGUCCAGGAGCAGAAUACUGAAGAGAAGAAACAGAAGGGAAGAGGGAGAAAACAAACAGAAAAUAGGGGUCAAAAACAGAACAUCCUCUAGAGGAUGUCUUAUAUACAACAAACUAGGAGAAGUACGUGCUACGCGCGGGAUUUGAUGGAUCAAUUUUUAUAAAAAAUUAAUUUUGUGUACGUUUUCUUUUAUGUUUAGUUGGGUGUGAAUAUGAUUAUGUUGUCUACCCCAUAACUAAAAAUGAUCGAAUUCGUAGUAUUGUUGCUAUUUUAAUCCCCAAUUGUAAAGCUUUUAUAGUGUUUUAAGUUUUAUAACACUAUAAAAUACAUAAAUCAAUUGGAUUCGAUCAAAAGAGAAUAGGAUCGAGUUUUCUAAUACCAUUGUAUCUUCAUUUUUGUGAGAGU